AUGAAUUUGCAUAUUCGAAUCCUUGUUGCCUUAACAACCCUCCAAGCUUUGCCUCAAUCCUCCUUCGCCUCGCCCGAGGAAGGGAAAAUAAUCGACAAGAUCCUUACCAACUAUAACAAAUUGACCAGACCAGUGGCCCGAUAUGAUGCCAAAGUUACCGUCGGGAUCGGGAUGGCCCUCCUACAAAUUGUUCAAGUUGACGAAAAACACCAAAUCAUCACUAUCAAUGCCCGGUUACAUAACAUUUGGUCAGAUGUAGCCCUUACUUGGGAUCCCUUGGAGAACCAUAACAUUACUAUGGUCCAUAUUCCAGCAAAUCGUGUCUGGAAUCCCGACAUCGUCCUGCACAAUACAGCAGAUGAGCAAAUGUUUCAGUCCACUCGACAUCGGAGUGACCAAAACCUUAACGUUAUGAGUGACGGAAUGAUCAUCUUCGUUCCCGCCAUGAUUAUUAAAUCAACCUGUAAAAUGGACGUGACCUGGUUUCCUUUUGACAGUCAGACUUGUAAUAUUCAGUUUGGCAGUUGGACCUAUUCAGAGCGGGAGAUUGAUCUGCAAAUCGACAAUGAAACUAGUGAUCCUGUCGACGUGUCAGAAUAUGUGGCGAACGGGGAGUGGAAAUUGGUGGCUUUUACGGUCACAAGGAUCGUUAAGAGGUACGAGUGUUGUGAAGAGGGUUAUUUGUCCGUCCUGUUCAGAGUCACGAUCAAGAGGCAGAUCAUGUAUUACUGGUUUAAUUUGAUUGUCCCGGCGGGACUUAUCGGUUUUCUCGCCGUACUUGGAUUCACACUUCCGCCCGAUUCCACCGAAAAAUUGUCGCUCGGUGUCACCGUCUUAUUUUCCUUGAUCGUCUUCAUCAACGUCAUCUCUGCAUCCAUGCCGUCUACAUCGGAUGGAAUUCCGUUGUUGGGAACAUAUUUUAAUUGCGUCAUGUUCGCCAUUGCCUCCUCCGUUGUGAGCACGAUUGUUGUCAAUCUACGAGUCAGGGGUCAAUACGGUCCGCAAAGUAUUGGGAGCAAAACUAAGAUCUUAUUAUUCCGGUGGUUGCCAUGGUUACUAAGGAUAAAUGUACCCAAGUGGGAUGAGGGGAGGAUUCGAAAAUUAGACAAGGAUGAUAAAAACGACAACGUAAAGAAUUAUCUGUAUCGCGAUAUUAAGAAUGAAGUUGUUGGAGUGAUCGCGGACGAUUUACGGGAACAAUGGAUGUUUGCAGCGGUCGUGGUGGAAAGGCUUUGUUUCGUCAUAUCAAUCUGCUUCGCAUUUAUUUCCACUGUAGUUCUACUGAUCUCGGCGUAUCACAAGGACUAAAGAUGUAUAAUUUUCCCACUGUUCGUACAUAUGUGUAAAGUAGCAUGCAUUAGAAAGUCACUAGAAAUUGAAUAUUAAUAAUUACUUCAACUUCCCCUAACCAAACAAUGAUUUACGAAUUGCAAAAUAUGUAGUAAUUGU